UUUUAAGUCUUAAAUUUUACCUCUUUCUCUGUCCUUCUCUCCCAUGUUUUUAAUGACUUUGUCAUCGCGAUCCGAUUUGAUGAAUUUGAGAUCCCUUUAAUCUUCAUAAUUAUCAUCUCUUCAGAUCUAUGUUUUCUGAAUUCAGUUCCAUUUCCAAACUAAGUUCUUUGCAUGUUCAUGUCUCUUUGUGCUUUUCAUUACUCUCAUCACUCUAUUUAAUUUCUUCAUUCCAAAUCUUGUAUUACCUAGAAAACAUUUCAUCGAAUUUUAUACACAACAGAAACUAAUUUGAUCAUCAUCCAAGCUGAUCAAUUGCCCUCCAAUUGCUAUGAACUUUUUCAUUCCGGCGUCUUAAUUUUUCGAAGAUCAACAAUGGCUGACGUGCAGAAAGGGAAACCUACACUCCAAAAGCCACCGGGUUACAAAGACCCAACCGUUCCGGUCCAGCGGUACCCGAGAGCACCACCACGAAAACUAGUCCUCCCACCAUCCUUCCACCAAAAGAAGAAACGCAGGAGCUUUCGUCGUAUUUGCUGUUGCUCCUUUUGCAUCCUAAUGUUAAUCCUUACCAUCAUAUUUUUGAUAUCUUUUGCAGUUUUCUACCUCUGGUUUGAUCCAAAAGCCCCAGUUUUUCACCUGCAGUCACUUUCGUUUCGACACUUCAACGUCAGUGUAAAAACCGACGGCACCUACCUGAACGUUGCAACGUUAACAAGAGUAGAAGUACGGAACCCUAACGAGAAGUUAACGUAUUAUUAUGGUGGGUCCGAAGUGGAGAUGAGUGCAGGGAAGGAUAAGGAUAUAGACUUUGGAUCAACAAAUUUGGCAGGAUUCACUCAAGCCAAAAACAACAUGACGAGUUUAAAGAUUGAGACGAAGAAUAACCAGCUGGUUGAAGAUGGGGUGGGGCCAAGGCUGAUGAGUCGUUACAAAAACAAGGAUAUGGUGGUGAAUGUUGAGGUUCGGACGACCGCUGGUGUUGAGUGGAAUGGCUGGAAGAUAAGACCUUUGGGUGUUAAUGUCUUUUGUGGUGGUGUAACUUUGAAGACUCUUAAUCGAGAAAUGCCCAGAUGCACCAUUAAUUUACUCAAAUGGAUCAACAUCCAUUGAUGAUAGAAGAAGACCGAUGUUUUCAACAUGAUGAUAUGAUAUAUACAAUUCUUGAGACUAUUAUUUAGCAAAUUGAAGGAUAUGUGUCUGUGUCUAAGCUUUGGAUUCUUUUUGAUGUAAUGGGUUGGAUACAUGUAGAAAUGGGGUUUGUAUAAAUUAAUUUAUUUUUGUUUAUAAAUUAUUAUUUAAUUUUCUGGUGGUUGAUUGGUUUUCUUAAUAGUUGAAGAAUCUUUUCUUUAAUUUUUUGGGGUUGGAGAUAGAUAGGACAGGCUGCCAUUUUCUUUCAAUAAGAAACAAAAUAAAUAUGGUGUAACAUCCAUUUUUGUA